ACGACCUCGCAAUUCCAAUCGUCCCCUCCAACCUUCAAUUAAGAUGUUUGCCGCUUCUGCUACCCGGGCUAGGCUCGCCAAUUCCCUUGUCGCUCGCCGUGGUUUCUCGACCACCCGUUCUCGGCUUGCCAGUCCCUACCACUAUGCCGAAGGUCCUCGUUCCAACAUUCCCUUCAACCCCAAGACUCGGUUCUUCUACGCGCGAUACUGGGCAUUCAUGAUCACUGGUUUCGGUGCUCCUUUCGCCAUUGCUGGUAGGUUUUAACAUCAAUAUAGUGGUUUGUUCAUUGUUUUCUAACCAAAUUUUAUAGUUUGGCAAACCUACAAAACCCG